AUGAGUUUCAAAAUAUUUUAUCUGAUCUUCUGCGGUAUCCAGUUCCAUGUGGUCAACUUGCUUGACAUUUCGGACCAUCAUCCCGGAGGACCGUUGUGCAGGAAAAGUACACAGUUGGCCGAGUGUUGUCUCCGUCAUCCAAAGUUCAUGACAGGGAACGACGUACCACCGCCCACUUCCUCAACGCCUCCGAGGUUUCCAAGCCGUUUCCGGUCCACCGCCAGCGGCAAAAAGUAA